AACAAAAAAGAGGAAAAGGCAGCACAGUGUACAAACUCAGUGUGACGAUGGCUCAAAGCGACCUGUACAUGCUUUAUCAUGGGCUUUAUCUUGCAAAAUUUGGUUACACGACAGAAAGUCUGAAAUACUUUGAGUCGUUCCAGGUACAGGAUGAUGAUACUUUUAUAAUUACAUAUCCCAAAUCUGGUACAACAUGGAUGCAGGAAAUACUUUCUCUGAUUCUAAGUGAAGGAGAUCUUACUCCGGUGCUUACCCUUCAAAGCUUUGAGAGAAUUCCGUGGCUUGAGGCCAAAGAAAAUGAUCAACUAGUCGCCAAGCUGAGUUCUCCAAGAGCCUUCAUAUCUCACAUGCCUUAUCAAUUGAUGCCUUCCACCUUCUUCUCUUCUAAGGCUAAGGUCAUUUAUCUUGCUAGAAACCCAAAGGAUGUAGUGGUUUCCAUGUUUUGUUUCCACCAAACCGUCAGCUUUUUGCCCGAUCCAGGAACUUUUGAGGAAUUUACUGACGGCUUUCUAGAAGGAAAUGUGAUGUUUGGAAAAUGGACUGAUCAUAUGAAGAGCUGGAGAAAUGCAGAUUUAGGAGACAGAAUUCUCUAUAUCACAUAUGAGGAGAUGCUGCAGGAUCUUCGUGGCGUCAUCAAACGCAUGUUAUGCUUCCUUAAUCGGAAUCUGAGUGAAGAAGCACUGAAACAGGUGAUUGAACAGAGUCAGUUCAAAGCCAUGAAGCAAAACAAAAUGUCCAAUUCCUCACCGUUGUCACAGAAAAUAAUGGACAACAUGAGGCCCCCUUUCCUGAGAAAAGGAACUGCUGGUGAUUGGAAGAAUCACUUCAGUCCUGAGUCGGAGACCAAAUUCAAUGGAGUCAUUUCCGAAGAACUGAAUGGGACUAACAUUCUGUUUCCCUGGGACGAGGAACAAAAAUGAAAUUCAACUUUUUAGAUUUAAGAAUUCAAAUAAAUCUAAUAAUUAUUAGAAUCCUAAAAUCUGAAUAGUCUUAGUGUUAUAUUUCUCCUUCCUCACAGUGCUAUCAUGUUAAUAAAGAAUAUUUUUUGACUCUGCCCUGGUCAAAUCUUAA